AUGAUUUUAGAAUCCGUUUUAUCGUGCUCGUAUUUGUUGUUAGUAAGCGGGUCUAGCAUUUAUAGUCUGGUAAGGCACUCUUACGACGAGUACCAGAAACUGUUACCCCAUUUUGUUUUCGCCUGUGGCGGCGUGGCGAUGAUCAGCUCGCGAUCCGUAAUCGUGCUGAUGUAUAAACUAUUUUUUAAACAGUACAGUUUGGACCCGGAGACGAUACAGAUCGAGGAAAAACAAAAUGGCGAACGAUUCAACGGUCCGGACGAGCUUCUUGGCACGCUGAGCAUAGCCAGCAUACUUUAUUCUCUGUUCUGCCAUCAUAAAUAUUGUAUUCUCGGUGCCUUUAUCGUCAGUGCUUUGUGUGGCCUCGAUGUAAUCAAUUUCUACAAUUACUCGUCGAUCGAAUCACAAGAAAUUGAUACUUCACAAAUUAGAAACAUCCUGGCUCGAAGGACGUCGAGAAAACCUAAAUCCACGAACUUCGUCUGGGUAUUCAUUAGUUGUCACUUCGCAUAUUCCGUAGGAAAUUAUUACGCGUUCCUGGCGAAUUAUCCUUACCUUUUGACGACAUGGUCGCUGACCCCCGAAGGAUUUUACCAAGGAUGGACGUUGAGACGCACGAUUAAUGAUUACAUGAUGGCGGCUUACGCGAUAUACAUGACGGAAGCACUGCGACAAACUUGA